AUGGUGCAAAAUCAACUCCAAAGGCAGCAAGGAGUGGAUCACCCAUCUACCAAAUUCAGGGAUCUGUGUCCCUUCCUAAAUGCCCGGGUACCUCCAAACUUUGAGGUACCCAAAUUCAAAAGAUAUGGCAGUAGCGGGUGCCCCACAACACAUCUGAAAGCAUUCUAUGGGGAUCUCAAUGCAAUAACAGAGAACGAUGAAGCCGUAAUACGACUCUUCCAGAAAUCUCUUAAAGGUAAUGCUUUGGAUUGGUACGCAUCACUAGAUAGCCAUCAGAUUAGGACUUGGGAGAAGCUCUCCCAGGCAUUCAUCGACAGAUUUUCGUACAAUCUGAACAUGGCUCCGAGAAGGGCAGAUCUGGCUGCCUUGAGACAAAAAAGCGAUGAAUCAUUGUCAGUAUACGUGGGACGAUGGCGGGCCAUGGCAGCCCGAAUGAGAAACCCCAUCGAUGACGAAGAACAGAUAUCCCUGAUCAUUUAUUUGGCAAAUCCCAGCAUUUCAAGAUAUCUAAUCUCAUACCCAUACGUAAACUUCUCUCAGCUCAUCCGAGCUGGAGAACAAGUGGAAGCCGGAAUCAGAGCCGGAACCAUUUUCCCAUGGCCACACCAGGCCCCCAUAAUCAAAAGAAACAAAGUCGAGGGGAAAUCCUUUGGAUAUGGGAAUGGGAACGGCACUACUCUCGCGCAACGCACUACGGAGAUCAACAAUAUCAUCGCCUACACUUAA